CCCGUUCUCCUUCUUCUCCGUGUCUCGUUCUGCGUUGUCUGACCCAUCUGUAGAAAGCUCGAAACCCAAAGAGAAGAGAAGAGAAGAGAAGAGAAGAGAGAGAGAGAAGAUGUCUCCGAGAGUCAAAUGUCUCGCCGUCUUGGCCCUCCUCGCCGUCUCCUUCGCCGCCGUGUCCUCGGCGGCGCGCCCCCUGCCAGCAUCUCGCGGCGCCGCUUCGGCUUCGACGACAGGGCCUCAGCCUCAGGUCGGUGAAGACUGUGGCGACGGCGGCGGCGGCGGCGGCGGAGGAGGGGCGGAGGAGUGCUUGAUGCGACGAACCCUAGACGCUCACCUCGACUACAUCUACACCCAGAAUCACCAGCCUUGAGAAGAUCAUUUUCAUCUUCUUUUUUUUUCUUUUACUUUAUUUUAGUUUUCAUUUCUCAAUUUUUCAUUUAGUGAUACUUUUUUUUUCCUUCCAAAUUCAUGUUUUUUUUUUUGUGCGUUUUAAAGUAAUCAAAUCAAUGGGAGGCUUGGGUCA